AUGGAGUACUCGGUAGGGAUGGCGGCGGAUGAGUUCCUAGAGGACCAACGGCGGCGCCCAAGCCCCGUAGUGGGCGAACCUUUAACAUCACAACAUAGAUUACUAUUAGCAGCUUUAAAACUCAAACGACAAAUUAAAUAUAAAAUACCAAGAAUAGAUAGGAUUAAAUGGCAGGAACUUAAUUCGGAAAAGGGAAGCAAUUUCAAGAAUAAAGUCUUAGAGUACUUGAGCAACGACUUCUCAUCAGACGACUCUCCUACAAUAAUCUGGUCUAAAUUUCAGGAUGCCUGUAUUGCUCAAGCGAAAUCUACACUGGGUAUCUCCAAGGGUCCCCUGCAUAACGAGAAAGAUGCCAAAUGGUGGAAUAACAACACCAAAGCUACAGUGUCUGAAAAGAAACGUCUGUUCAAGAAAUGGCAAGAGAGUGGCUCAGAGGAGGAUAAGGUAGAGUACAAACAGGCUAAAAAGAUUGCAAGAAGAUCAGUUGCAAUUGAGAAGGAACAUGCAGACCUUGACCUUUAUCGGCAACUAGAACUGGCUUCGGACACACAGAUAUAUAGAAUAGCGAAGCACAGGCAUAAUAGCACUAAGGACUUUAGAAUUACAAAGUACAUCAAAAACAGCAAAGGCAUGCUGCUAACAUCUGAUAAAGAUAUUUGUAAAAGC